AUGGUUUAUAUGACUGUCGACCUCCCAGAGUCUGGUUUAAGACUAGUGAGAGGUGAUCACCCAUAUGAAGGCAAAGUAGAAGUAUUUUUUGAUGGACAAUGGGGUGCAGUAUGCGAUGACAAGUUUGACGCAAUAGAUAGUGAGGUUGUCUGUCGGGAACUCGGAUUCAGGUACGAACAAAUCGGUUACAAUGCUGGCAGAUAUGGACUCAAUUUUAGUGAUAUAAUGGUACAAGACAUUACGUGUAACGGGAAUGAAAACUAUCUGGUGGAUUGCAUUUACGGAAAUACCGAAUCUUCCUGUCAGACACAGGGAGUUGUGAUAUCAUGUAGAAUUCCGAAUAAUGGGGACGUAAGACUUGUUGGUUCCCAUUUUGCAAAUAAAGGUUUCAUUGAAAUUUAUAUAGACAGAAAAUGGAAUCGAAUAUGCAACGAUGACGUCACGGAUACUACUGCCCACGUCGUGUGUAAACAACUAGGAUACAGGAAUGGUCUAAUUGAUUCUUAUGAGUUGGCAAACACUUUGGAUAUUGAAAGAAUCUCGUUAAAUCGUAGAUGUAUUGGUUCAGAACGAAAUAUUUUGGAUUGUCGUGUAUUCGGGCAUUACACACCAAGACAGUGCAGUGAACAAACUGAUAAAUUAAUUGUCUGUGAAAAUGAGGUGGACUAUGAAGAAAAUGGUGAUGUAAGGCUAGUGGGUAGUGAUUUAUUAAAUGAGGGAUAUGUCGAAUUAUACAAUGCUGCGCAAUGGACAAGAGUAUGUGCUGAUGACGUCACUGACGCAGUAGCUAUAGUUAUAUGUAAACAACUUGGAUUUAAGUAA